CACCCUUACGAUAAUAAAUACGAUAAUUAUUUUCAUUUUAUUUGUUUUGGUAAUAGUGAUGAAACAGAUUUUGAGCAGUUAUUGGAGAGUUUGGAUGAAUUUACAACGCAGUCUUCCUCCACUCUUCUUAAAAAAGAAACACCAUCUGAAGCAACAGGGCCUUCUCUUUUAAAGACUCUGCUAACGAAGAAUGUAAAUGUAAAACCUACAUCAAAAGUGGAGACCCUACCCACACAUUCCCUCCCUAAAAAAAAUAGCGAGGGAAUUAAAAAAAAUCCUAUGACAUCAGAACUACCUCUGAAAAGUUACGCUACAACUACAAGUAACUUUAGCGGCUCGACAUCGCGAUCAGUGCAUGAUGAAAAUUACCCCCCUCCUCAACCAGAAGAAGACACAGUGAUUAAUGUAGAGGACUCCAUUCUUACUACACUUCGGUAAAUUUAAUAUACAUGUAUAUAGAAAAAAAAAGGAAUAUAAUCAUGCUUUUAUUCCCGUAUAUUCCGGGGUUCUUUUAAUCAUUCUUUUUUUUUUAAAUUAUUUUUUUUUUUUAAAGACGGAAAAAUCAUCAGAAGUUGAGAGCAUUGGAAAAAAAAUUAUAUGAACCAAACGUGGUUCAGGUAGUUGCGUCCAGGGAGUUCAAAGUCCUACAAAAGUUACAGAAGAGGAUGUCUGAUGAUAUGGAACAGAGUGAGAUAAUAAUAAAUUAUCUCGCAGACAAGUAUGGUGAACCAGAGAAGAAACGCGUAAAAUUUACAACUCUGCAAUAAGGGAAAAACUAUUCAUGAAAACAACGCCUUCGAAAAAAGAUUUACCCAACCACAGAUCAUUUCGGAUUACCGGAGAGUUUCAAGUGUUCGAAGUGUUACAGGAACGGGUAUCACAAGACAUACAAUUUAUAAUGAAAGAAUUACUUCUCAGUAAACGGAACAUAAAGAACAUUUUACGGGUUGAUAGUGAAAAUUUCUUUUGUAUAUAAUAGUUACUAUUCUUAUUUUGUCAACAAUAAAUCUCGUAAAGAGCUUUGUACUAUU